AUGCUAUGGAUAAUCUUGUUUCUCGUCUCACUCGCUCACGGGCUUCUUGUUGCACAGAAGCCGAUCCAUAAGGUAUCGACGAAAACCCACGACGCCAAAUUGGUCAGUACCAUGCUCUAUGGAUUCUACUCAGAAGCAUAUAACCUCCGUGAUAACGCCAACCAACAUUACAUCCUGAACUUUGGCAGCAUUGCCUUACAGUAUACAAGCGAUCCCUACUGCGUCGAAAAGUCCAACAUCCGCUACUUCAUCAAAUCAUUUUCCUUGGUGCACCACGAGUACCCCGCAUCCCCCUGUAGUUUGAAUUUGAACACACGCUUUGCUGAGGUGGUGGAGCCAUCGCCCAGUUUCCACGUUUCUGUGCACGGGACUUUGAAUCGACUCUCGAGCGAGUUGCUUCAAAAAUCCGAGACGUAUAUCAAAGACCUUCCAGAUUUCGACUUCCACUUCUACGACUUCACCGAUCUCAACUAUGACUUGCAGUGUGAGUCGGGCUACCACCAGUUGAUGCAAGUGAUUUUCCAAGAGAAAGUCUUGCAGGUAAAUUUGCAAGUGCUGGUCACGGUGCCCGAGCAGUGCACAUUCAACAAGCUCAAUCCUGAAUUUCUGACAGUCUUCGAGGCGGCGAAAGCCGUGGUGCACAUUCCCUUGUCUGGAAUCUUUUACUGUCAGUCAGGCAAGACUGCCAGCUGUAAGAAAACAGUUGCCAACACAAAAAACCCACGGCUAAAGCUAUACGAGUAG